UGUUGCUAGUGAUUUUGGGGAUGAUCUGUGCCUGAAAGGGAACGGAGACCUUUCUGAUAGUGACCAUCUAACAGAAGAGAGAGCAGCUCUCGGCUGGUCCUGUGUGGUGGAGGCAUGAGGCAUGUGUGUGUUCCUCUGUCUUCUGUGGCUUGAGAGCAGAGAAGCUUAACUGCUGUCAGGUGCAGCAAAAGGGGAAGGCAUUUUGGGGCAGAGUGGCUCAGGGUCACCUCUUCAUCGGGGUCUGAUCUUUUGUGGGAUCACUGUCAGCUUCAUGCUUUGGAGUUAUUGCAGUUUGCUCCUGUUUGUGAGGAGACAUUGGUGCACUGGCAUUAGCUCAGGUGGCCAUGAUAAAUGGGACCAUACAGGCUUGCUUGCAAGCCUGGGUGUUUAUGUCCGUAGCUGAAGGUGGUGAUGCUAUGGUUCCACUGCAGCUGGCACUAGAAAAAACCUGCAGGUAUCUACCCACACAGCAGUCACCCCUUUGGGUUGCUGUGAUCAUCAGCCAUGAUUUUAAGCAGUGUGGAUGUGACCACACAGCACAGGAAGGAGGCAGGCUUCCAGCAUCCGUGCUCGUAAGCAUUGCACGGCCUGGAAACCUCUGCGUGUCUGAUCUCAGCUGAUCAAAGAUGGCACGGAGGUCAUCUAAACUCAUCAGGUCAUGGUACAGCUGUUCGUGGAAACAUCUCUGGGAAAGGGAAAACAAAUAUCACCUUUUUUUUCAAGUGUCUUAAAUUGUCAGUUCCUCCCCACUGCUUAUUCUGCAGACCUAUUCUCCAUCUGCCAGAGCUGCAGCAGGGUUGGUUGGUGUGGUGGUCAGUGGAGCUGCUCUGCAAUGCAUGCAACAAGAAUCCAGCCAAACCCAUCUGUCCCCUCCUUCCCCACCCUCACCUUGAUGGAGAAGAUUGUUACUGUCAUCUUUAGUGCCUGUGGAAUAAAUUGGACUCAGGGAAGUAACUAUUAACACAGACACUGUACAACUUUCCACAUUCACACAAGUCUCAGGGUUUCAAACACUGACAACUGCUGGCUGGUCCCAUUCCAGUCGCUGUUACACAUCUCGAUAAACCUCUGAAGAAACACAGGGAGGAAAAAUUACGGGGCUUUAAGGCUGUUAAAUGUCACUGGUGUGUUUCUGUGUUUCCUAAGUUUUUUCUUCCCCCUCUCCUCAACUUUUAAAGGAGCUGAGGUGGGAAAUCUCUUGUUCAAACCAUAACCACCUUCUCAGCCUGACUUUUGUGAGCUCACCGAAGAAGUGUGCCUGCCUCUGCCACUGCCUCUGCCGGUCAGCAUCCAGGUCGGAGGCCUUGCAUUGUUGUCCUGCCACAGUCAAGUGGUGGCAGCUUCCUUCUGUGCUCUCUUUGUGGCUGUGGAAAGGACAGGCCCCCCUCUCCUCUGAGUUUGAACUGGAAUGAAAACCCCAGCCUUCAUCAUGAGAGGUAUCUGGCUGAUUGAGUUGAUGGUACUUGUGUACAUCUGGUUUCCCAAGGUUGCUGCUCAGAAUCGCAUAAAAAACCCCAGGGACCAGAAAACAGAGCAUACCCUCUUGAUUAAUGAAGUCAAUGCUGACAGCCCAGGAGAGGACACUUCUGAGUUUGUGGAGCUCUACCACACCAGUGGUCAAACAGCCCGCUUGGAUGGCUACUAUCUGGUCUUCUACAAUGGCAAUGGAAACCGAGCCUACAAAGUUUUGAACCUCCAGGGCAAAGUUACUAACAGCCAGGGUCUCUUUCUCAUUGGCUCCUCUUCUGUGAACCCUGCUAUAGUAAUUCCUAAGAACACUAUCCAGAAUGGUCCUGACGCGAUUGCUCUCUACUAUGGAAAAGGGAAGUACAAAGAGGGCAUGAGUGUCACAAGUUAUGGACUAGUAGAUGCCUUGGUCCAUAAGACUAAGAAAACAGACAGAGCAGAUACACUGGUCAGGGUACUGACCCCUGGCAGAGAUGCUUUCCUGGAGGAUUCCACCUUCAGGACCAUGGAUGAGUCAAUAGAAAGGUGCCAUGGGGCAGAUUCUCAGUGGAUCUUCCAAGUGGCCAUGCCCACCCCAGGCACAGACAACCACUGCCUUCUAACUUCUCAGCUGAACGCAUCUGCUGUCCUGAUCAGUGAGGUCCUUGCUGCCUCUUCUUCUGAAGAGUCCGAGUACAUAGAGCUUCAGGGCCCCCACUCCACCAUGCUGAGGGACAUUGUUCUGGUGCUGAUCGAUGGUCGGACCAAAGACAUUUAUUUCACCAUGGACGUUUAUGGCAAAACCUCACUGGAUGGGCUACUUCUGAUCGGUCCAGCAGAAAGCAAAACCCCAGUGGAUCUGCCGUUCCCAGAGAACACCACCCGUCCUGUUCUCAGAGGUGGCCCCAAUGCUGUUGCCCUCUACAGGGGCAACAGCAGCGGUUUUGUCCCGGGGACGGCGCUGCCGGUGACUAGCCUAUUGGAUGCCUUCGUGUACACAAGCAAUGAGGAACCAAACCCUGAGCUGCUGGAGACCCUGACCCCUGGCAGACCUGCCUUCAAGGAAAACCGGCACCAGCUGGGACGUGUGUCCAUGAGCCAGUGCAACUGCUGCUCUGUGACCCGGGACUCCUUGUCCUAUAUCCUCAGCAGUCCCACCCCUGGCAAGUUCAAUGACUGUCCCAGCAAACGCUUCAGCCAGACUCUCUCCUUUUGCCUUCACACAGCAGAUUGUCAGGAGUGGCUCCUGAAGUCACAAGAGAUCCUGAUGACUCUGGUCCAGGCCCUGGAUGGAUCCUGCAGUUGCGGAAUCUCUGCUGCCUACUUCAAAGAGCCAAAGGCAGCCUGCCAGGACCUGGGGCUUGUGUUCACCACUCUGCUAACUGCUAAGUCAGAGGACCAGAUGAGCAGCCUGCUGCUAGCCUUCAAGACCUUCCUAGAGACGCCCAAACUUGUGAGUUUUGACAGAAGAAACAUCACAGCAGAAAGCUCCUGCUUCAAGGAUGUUAAUGUGCCAGACUUGCCUCCAGGUGUCCCAUCAGAGAUACCUGAAGGGACUCAAGAACCUUGUGUGCAAGUGGCCAAGCUACUCAUCAAUGAGGUGAACCCAGACAACCCAGGGGGUGGGGAGAAUGCAGAGUACAUCGAACUCUUCUACACUGGACAGACACGCUUUGACCUCCAGGGAUACUGGUUGGUCCUCUACAAUGGUAAAAAUAGCCGGGCCUACCAGGUGUUGGACUUGUCUGGACACCACACAGAUGACCUGGGUUACUUCCUGGUGGGGAGCAGUGCUGUGAGGCCGGCACCCAUGAUCAGGCUGCCCCCCAACACCAUCCAGAAUGGGGUGGACGCAGUAGCUCUCUACUACAGCAACACCAGCAUCUAUUCAGUGAGCAUGGCUGUGACUGCAGAGGGGCUGGUGGACGCUGUAGUGUACACGUCCCGGAUGCAGGAGAAGGCAGACCAGCUGGUCAAAGUGCUGGUACCAGGGCAGAGCAUCCUGUAUGAAAAUGAUUCUCACAGCACCGAGGAUGAGUCUCUGAGCCGCUGCCACAGCCUGAGUGCAAAACUCCAGAGCAGCUUCCAGGUGACCGCAGUGACGCCGCUGGGGGAGAAUUUCUGCAGCAGCUCCUCAGCUCUGGUCCCUCCUGCUGUCCAUAUCAGUGAGCUGUGCCUGGCCGGUGGCACUAACCCCUACCGCUUUGUUGAGCUGGAGGGGAAGCCUGGCACCAGCCUGGGAGGGCUCAGCCUGGUCUUCUUUUCGGGGAAGGAGGGCAAGGCACAGGCCAGCAUCUCACUGAAGGGCACCAUCGGAGCCACGGGGCUGUUUGUGUUUGUGCUGGACGGAGGGCAUGGGCAUGGUGAGGCUGAUGGCACAGCUCUGCCGUGUGGUUUGUCUUCAAACAAGUGGGCAGAUAGAACAAACCUGACUUUCAAGGACAUCUCUGCUGCUAGUGAAGGCUCCAGCGCUAUUGCUGUGUAUAGCACCAGCUUGAUUCCUGGUGGCACAAAGGCAACAUCAGAGAACUUGGUGGAUGCCUUGGUUUAUACGUGUGAGCCCAGCACAGCUGGAGGACACUUGGACUUCCUCGGACCAUCUUACGCUGUGCCCUGCAAGGAUGACAGGCCUGUGUCCCUGAGCCGUUGCACCUGCAGCAACGCCAGCACAGAGCUGCAGUUUGCCAUCUCAGACCCUACGCCUGGCCUGCAGAACAGCUGUCCCCAAGAUGCCUUCGCGGUAGAUCUCCAUCUCUGCUUCCUGACACCGAACUGUUCCAUGUGGACCCUGCACCACAGGAGGAUGCUGGAAAGGUUGGGAAGGGUCUUGGUGAGCUCCCUAGAGGGGAAGUGCUCCUGCGGCAUCUCUGAGUUCUACCUGCAAGAGCUGAACCUGACGUGUGUGGGCUCCCUAUUGAAGGUCUGGGGCCAGGUGUGGGCUCGGCAGCCAGAGCAGCAGCAGUCCAUAGAGACUUGGCACCAGGACUUCCUGGCCAGCCCCCACCCCUUCUCUGUGGAUGGAAGAGUGCUGAAAACCAGUCCCAAUUGCGUUGCACCAAAAAAUGCACCGUCCGUGUCACACAGCAAUGCUUCCUUCCAGGGCUGGAAAAUCGCCCUGCUGGUUGUGGGAUUUGUCCUGCUCGCGUUCUUGUUCGUCAGCCUGGCAUUUUACUUCAUCAAAAGGCAUCCCCAAAAUUACACCAAUAUCGAAAUGAAUGACCGUGGGGAGAUUGCAGCAGACUUCUAAUGCUCCUGGGCACAGCUGCAGCAACAGGGUCUAACAACACUGGAGCCAGGCAUGUGUCUUUGUGGGGGGAAGACUGGUUCUGGUUGUCCAGUCCCCCCAUCCACCGGGGUUGCUGCAAGGACCUGCAAAAUGCCCAGGAUAUGUGUGUGUAUAUGUACAGCUGUCUGCCUCUGUGUGUGUGUGUUUACAAAUACCUGAAUUAUUUUUACACUUCUAAAUUUUUACCUCAGACUAAAAGGGUUCAAAGGAUAGGCUGGAGACAACUUCUAGGAAAAGUUUGUGUUAAGUGUGGUGACCAGAAAGAAAGAAGCCUGCUUGGCUGAUACAGAGGAAAGACUCUCAAGAUUCGCUGCUGGGUGAUGAACCAAGGCCACCCCCCCCGGCAGACAUUUCCAUCUGGCAGGCAAGUCCAGUUUCUACUCCCUCUGGACUCUACUGAUGCAGUGAAAGUACAUCAGCCUCCCUUGAGCCCUUCUUCUGAGGGUAAGGGGGUUCUCAGCAUCGUGCCCCUCUCUGCGUGAGCAGCUCUGCACCACCAGCAGUCUGCACCAGGGAGAGCCCUUGCUGCUGGGGACCACAACCAGGAGGAUGUCCUGCCCAGAAAAAGGGUUUAGAGGAGAGACGAAUACCCAGCUCAUGCCCAGAUACAACUCUUACUUGUAUGGUCUUGCCCAUAUCCUGGCCAGACAGGCGGCAGGAGCAGUGCCAGGCUUCAGAUCUGCUGAGAAUUUGGGGUGAGGAGGGUGACCCAGGUGGAAUCUGCUCAGUAAAAGAUUGUUUCCUACACAAGUGUGAUUUA